AUGAUAAUAAAGAUUUAUUGGUUGUUGCUGAUAAGUUUAUCUUUACCAGCGGUAUUAACGAAUGUUAUUUGGUUGAAUAUGGAUAAUCAUGAUGGUAUCAUCAAAAGUGCUCAGGUUGUGUUUGUCGCGUUUUGUGCUGAUUGGUGCCCAUUUAGUCGUCAGCUUAAACCAAUUUUUGAGGAAGCUGCUGCAGUAUUUGCACAAGAAAAUCCUACGGCAAAUGUAAUUUGGGCUCUUGUGGAUAGCGUUGAACAAGUAAAAAUUGCUGAUAAAUACUCUGUCCGUAAAUAUCCAACGAUGAAGGUCUUUAUCAAUGGAGAAUUAGCGAACAAAGAGUACAGAUCUACGCGUUCAGUUGAAGCACUCACAGCGUUUGUUAAACAACAGUUGUCAUCCAGCAUACAAGAUUUUGCCGGUAAAAAAGACCUGGAGCAGCAAAUGGACAAAUCUGAGAGAAAUGUGAUUGCUUAUUUUGCGGACAAAAAUAGCGAUGAGUAUCGAAGUUUCCAGAAAGUUGCUACUAUUUUACGCGAAGAUUGUGCAUUUUGGGUUAGCAUUGAUGAAGACUUGAAAGCUGUGAGUGGGAGUACGAUGCAUUUCCGAGAUCCAGACACCGAAGAUGAACAGAAGUUCACGGGCAAUUUUACGGACUACAACUAUGUAAAGCAGUGGCUUACAGAUAAAUGCAUACCGUUGGUACGGGAAGUCACAUUUGAAAAUGUUGAAGAGCUGACGGAAGAAGGUCUACCAUUCUUGCUUUUCUUUAGAAAUCCUGGAGACAAAGAAGGCGACAAAAAGUUCACUGAAUUGGUGGUUCGUGAACUUUAUGAUCAGAAAAAUGCAGUCAAUGCUUUAUUGGCAGACGGUCAUAAAUUUGCACAUCCGUUAAAACAUUUAGGUAAAACUGAAGAUGAUUUACCGGUUUUAGCUAUUGAUUCAUUUCAACAUAUGUUUUUGUUUGACAAUAUGAAUGAACUGUAUAUUCCUGGAAAGCUUCGACAGUUUAUUCUCGACCUACAUUCUGGAAAAUUACACAAAGAGUUUCAUGAAAAAAUGGAUCAGGAAAUGAUAGAUUUGCAGAAGCUGGCUUUGAAAAAACUUGAAACGUUCUCUGAAGAUGACGUAAAAUCAUCGGCUGCAGCGUCAUUUGCAACACCUCCUCCUUCUGUUUUCAAGGAGCUGAAACCUUCAGAAAAACGCUAUUCUUUAUUAAGGAAAACUGAAUUGUAG